AUGACCUUUCUUCAAUACUUCAGCGCGCGGACGGGGUUGAUGCCCAUUCCGCCAGCAGUGCCCGAUGCCCCGCCUGCCUACUACGAGGAGGAGGAAACCAUCAUCGAGGCCCCGGACCUGCAGUGUCCAGAGCCCGUCUUGAUCGUGGACGCUGACAAGAUUCACGACGACAGAAACGCGAGGAAAGCCCGCCAACGAGCCACGAUUCGAGGUGGCCCGAACAAUGGCCUCGCCCUACGCCAGUAUGCCGAGGCGACCCUGGGCGGCGGCAGUCUGCGCAAGGCCGUGAAGCUCCCCGAGGGAGAGGACGAGGAUGAGUGGCUUGCGGUCAACAGCGUCCCCUUCCCCAAGAGCUUCCCGUCGCUGGUGCGCCAGAUUUUCAAGCGCAUGUACCGUGUCUACGCGCACAUUUACUGCCACCACUACGCCGUCAUCCGCGAGCUGGGCCUCGAGCCGCAUCUCAAUACGAGCUUCAAGCAGUACGUGCUCUUUGUCGAUGAGCACAAGCUGGACUCGGGUAAGGACUUUUAUGGCCCGCUUAGUGACCUCGCCGCAAAGAUGAUUGAGAGCGACUGA